AUGGCCAAACCCUGCUGGCAGGACCCUGUAGGGCUAGAAACCAUCAACACCAUUGUCAAGAAGAUUAGUAGUACCACAGUGUACGAAUGGGCUGCAUACAGUUUAGCUCGAGCUCAUUUCAGCUAUCCUCAAUGGACAAGACAUUCUCUGCUGCACUGCAACUGGAGAUGGGAAAUCGGCAGCCUUUUCUAUACCCUGUCUUGUGCUUUUAGAGUACAACCAACACCCCAAGUCAUAUUCCACUAA